ACUGGACCCCGCCCCCCUGAGAGUUAAGAGUGUCCCCGGAGCUGGGUGCAGGAUCCAUACUGUAGCAGGCUGAGGGGCCGGAGGGGUUACCAUGGCGACAGCUCCGGUGACUCGGACCCUGGCCGGAGUGGCAGCCACUGCAGGAAUAGGAGCAAGUUCGCGGCUCCCAGCCCUGGGGGGUGCCCGCAAAUUCAGCAGUAGUCCCAGGCGCCGGGGAUCUGGGGGUGCCAGCCCCAGUCGCCUCCUCAGUACUGCCCAAGUCCGGACCCAGCUGCCGAGAGAGAAGGCCGAGCGGGAUUCCGAAGACACAGCCAGUGACAAGGGACCUCCUCCGGGAGCGGGACCGCCUGCCACCGCUACGCUCCCGGGUUCAGCAGCCGCACCGCCGCCGCCGCCGCCCACCGUGGCCCCUGCGCCGCCCUCCAGCCGCUCACUGGUCCAGCGGGACAUCCAGGCGUUCCUGACUGAGUGUGGAGCCAGCCCCUGGGAGGCGAAGCACUGGCUCACCCAGUUCCAGAUCACCUAUGACUCGGCGGAUAAACCUUUUGCCAUCAUCGAGGUGGAUGACACUGUGUUCAAGAACAAAGAGGCAGUCCUAAGUUUGGCCUUUGCUCUGGCCUUCUUGCAACGGAUGGAUAUGAAGCCACUUGUGGUUCUUGGACUUCCAGAACCCACUGCACCCUCUGGCUGCCUUUCAUUCUGGGAGGCCAAGGCCCAGAUGGCUCAGAGCUGCAAGGUCCUUGUGGACUCCCUACGACAUAAUGCAGCCACUGCUGUGCCCUUUUUUGGGGGAGGGUCUGUGCUGAGCGCUGCUGAACCUGCCCCCCAUGCCACCUAUGGUGGCAUUGUCUCUGUGGAGACAGACCUGCUAAAAUGGUGCCUGGAGUCGGGUAGCAUCCCCAUCCUGUGUCCUAUUGGCGAGACAGGUGUCCGGCGCUCUGUGCUGCUCAAUUCCUUGGAGGUCACUGCUGCUCUGGCCAAGGCUCUGCGGCCCACCAAGAUCAUCUUCCUCAACACUACUGGAGGCCUCCGGGAUGCCAAUCAGAAGGUUCUGAGUAAUGUGAACCUGCCAGCUGACCUGGACCUAGUGACAAAUGCCCAGUGGGUAAGCAGCAAGGAGAGGCAGCAAAUGCGACUCAUUGUGGAUGUACUAGGCCGAUUAUCCCAUGACUCCUCAGCUGUUAUAACAUCUGCCAAUACCUUGCUUACUGAACUCUUCAGCUACAAGGGGUCAGGGACCCUCUUUAAGAAUGUUGAGCGGAUGCUUCGAGUAGACAGACUAGAGAAGCUGGAUCAGAAGCGGCUGGUAGAACUCAUAAAUGCGAGUUUUGGCAAGAAGCUUCGGGACGACUAUCUGGCCUCUCUUCGACCACGGCUGCAGUCCAUUUACUAUUCUGAAGGGUACAAUGCUGCAGCCAUCCUGACCACUGAACCUGUGCUGGGAGGCACCCCAUACCUAGACAAGUUUGUGGUGAACUCAAGCAGAAAGGGACAGGGCUCAGGCCAGAUGCUAUGGGAGUGCAUGCGGCAGGACUUGCAUCGACUUUUCUGGAGAUCCCGUGUCACCAAUCCCAUCAACCCGUGGUACUUUAAGAACUGUGAUGGCAGCUUCUCCAACAAACAGUGGAUCUUCUUCUGGUUUGGCCUGUCUGACAUCCGGGACUCCUAUGAGCUUGUUAACCAUGCCAAGGGACUGCCUGACUCCUUCUGCAAACCAGCCUCUGACCCAGGCAGCUGAUAGGAACCAUCAACCCUUCGGGCCCCAGCCCAGCUGAGUGCACAGCAAAAACCAUGCAGAGGCAGUGGUCCCAGGGAAGUUAGAAGGCAGGCCUGGGCUUACUUGAAUAGAAGGGGAGAUGGGAAGGCCUUGAGGUCCUUAGACUCUGGGGAGGGGCCAGUGAAGCAGCAGAAACAGGGAGGCUGGCCUACCUGAAUGGAGUAUGGGUAUCUGGAACCUGCUGUCCAGAAGUCUGACAGCUGUUCCAAAGAAACUAGUAUCUAUUUCUUCACCAUGCCUGGGAACUCCAAUCCCAUCAAGGCUCCUUACCUAGGUCAACUGAUGUGUGGGUGAAAUACACGGGCCACCUCCAUGUGUGAUUUGAAGUUUCCUAUUCCCAAAUAUUACCCUUGCCUCUCACUACUCCUAAAAUUCACCAUUUAAGAUUAGUUUCUUCAGGUCCUAGGUUUUUCUUGAGUCUCCUAUUUAAAUGUUAGCUCCUUUCAGCUCUCAGAUUGGGGGUGGGGGGGAACCGAGAAUUAACAGAGGGAGAGCAAAGUCCUGAGAAAAUAGGAUACAGAAGAGGUUCCUGGGGUUGGGGAGAAAAAUAGCAAAGUGGGAGCAUUGUCAAAGUCUACUCUACUGACCAGGACACUGCCCCUCACUGAAAGACUCUACUCCUACCCUCUAUAAGAGGGAAAAGGACGAGCAGAAAUGAUCUCCUGUACAGUUCCCAGUGACCUUCAGGUCCAGGAAUAGUCACUGUCCAUCCAAAUCAGGCCAGCAGCAGCCUCAGUCCUUAUCCCAAGUCCUAUUCUCUCUAUAGCCAAAGAUCUCAACCCUACCCUCACCCCUCAAAAAAAUCUCAUCUUCCUGAUCCAAAGUGAGAAGAUGGGCAAAACAGGCCUCUGGAGGGAUCUUCCCUCCUCUCCCCUCCUCUCCCCUUCUGUAAAGCCAGUAAGUACAGAAAAGCAACAUUUAUCCUAUAAGAGCUGCUAAGGCAAAUAUCACCUGCCAGCAUCAGCUGAAAGAGAAAGAGGCAGACCCAUCUACAUUUUGAUUUUAAAAGCUCAGAUGACAGGCUGGAUUUGGAGUUUGGGGGAAUGGGACUAUUUGCCAAUGUCUAAAAGACAGGUUAAAGCAGAAGCAGGUGCCCACACUCCAGUGAGUAGAUACUGGGGAGCCAGGGGACAUGAAUCCAUUCCAGCCACUGUCAUCUUUCCUUUCCUGCACAUUUGGACAGAAAUAAGUCCCUAACUCUUUCGUUACACAAGAAAUCAGGUAUCCACAUACUUCUUCAUUAAAAAAAAAAAAGGCUGGAGAGUGUGGGGUGGAGAAUCAAUUUGAGCUGUAGCAGGAAAAAAUAAAUUGACCCAUCAGGAAGAACUCCCAAACUGGAGAACAAAAAUGGAACAGAACCAAAAGUUGUAAACAGGGGUAUUUUAGCAUGGAAUCUCCAAAACAGAGGGCAAAGUGAGAGGCAAGUGCUAGAGGAGAUGACCUAGGGUAAAAAACCAACUCACAUCAAAGGCGCCUGCAGGGAAACUAGAAAAGCAAACCCAAAAGUAUGUUUAGAGUGUUUAUUUCUGGAAGAUGGUGGAGUAUGCUGACUGAGAACACAGAAAAGUAGAGAGGUGCUCUUGCCCCUAGGACAUCCAUCUCACAACUUGGAGCAAAGACGUGGUGGAGCCUGGAGAAGGUUUAAAUCAGAGUGGGGACAAUGGGUUGGAGAACAGCCAUGCUCUCAAUCACCUUACCCUGGGCCCCAUUCAAGGAGUGUCAAGCAGAUUGGUGAAGGGGGUUGACAGGAACAGACUAGCUUUGCCCCGGUCCUCCAGAAACCCAGAGAACACAAAUGAAACUUAAACUGGGCUGGGCCAGUCCCUUUGGCUACUCUUGAGUCUGGUCCAUGUUGCUACACACAACACACACACCAUUAUCAAAAUGCUGGACACCGUAAAAAAAAAGAAAUACACACAUCUGGUCCUUGUC